AUGAGUCUCACCGUCAGCUCGAUCAACGAGCGUCUUGGCUCGUACUACACUCGGAUCACCUCGACGCGAGCUGGUUCGGCUGCUUUGGCCAUCCUCGCCUUCUUCUCCAUCCGUCGUUUCUUCCAGAGUCGAAAGCGCAUCGCUGCACGCAAGGCGUGGGCCAACACGACGCGCGAAGUGGCCGUCAUCACCGGCGGUUCGGGUGGGAUCGGCAUGGAGGUGGUCAAGCAGCUCUCGGCGCGCGGCGUCAAGGUGGCCAUUCUCGACAUUGUCGAGCCGGACGCAAAGGUGUUGUCCAACAACGUGCGCUUUUACAAGGCCGACAUGACUGACUACGAGAGCAUCCUGACCGCCUCUCAGGCGGUGGAGAAGGAGUUGGGACCCGUGACGAUUCUGGUCAACAACGCCGGUGUCGCCAACCCAGGACCCAGCAUCGUCGCUAACGAUCCCGUCAAGACCAAGCUCACCAUUGAGGUGAAUUUGCUCUCCCACUUUUACACGCUCAAGAUCUUCCUGCCCCAUAUGAUCCGUACCAAUCACGGUCACGUCAUGGCCGUCGCCAGUGCUGGUUCGUUCAUCAUGCCCGCCGGUGGCGCCGACUACGGCGCUACCAAAGCGGGUGUACUUUCGCUCCACGAGACGCUGCAGCAGGAGCUCGAGCUGCUCUACCAGAACCGCACCGGUGUUCUUUGCAGUAUCGUUCACCCCUACUGGAUCAAAACCCCCAUGACAGGCGUGAUCUUCAACGAAAAGUUCCACAAGAAGAUGAUCGAGCCUUCGCUCGUGGGUCGCAAGAUGACCGAGCAGCUCUUGAGCGGUCAGGGCGGAAGCCUGUACAUCCCCGGUUGGAUCGGCAACCUGGCCUACAUCCGGGUGCUCCCGCACUUUUUGCAGCACAAGAUUCGCAUCGGUGGUACGCUGGAUCUCGAGAAGAACAGGCGUGAGGAGCGCGGCAACCCUCCCAUGCCCUAG